CGUAUAAAAUGAGAGGGAAUUGACAACGGAAUUCAGUCGAGUGAGCCUCUUCGACAGGACAACAGCAGUGAAGCAAUUUGCAUCCCACUGUAAUCCACAUCGUGUAUUCCAUUUGCAAUCAUGGCUAACUACGGCGUGUCGCUGCUGUUGGCUGUUGUCUCGUUGAUGGCUGGAUCGACCGUGGCUGUACCGAUGGCUUCGGGGUACGGCUACACCACUCCGGCGCCGUAUUACACAACAACGUACGCUACGCCAAGUUAUACCACCAAAGCACCGGAAUACUACACCGAAGCACCCAAGUACUACACAACCAAGGCUACUGAGUACUACACCACUACGUAUGCUGCUCCAACUUACUACACCGAGGCGCCCAAGUACUACACCACCAAGGCUCCUGAGUACUACACCACUACGUAUGCUGCUCCUACUUACUACACCGAAUCCCCCAAGUACUACACCACUACCUACGCUACUCCGAGCUAUUACACAGAAGCCCCGAAGUACUACUCUGCUCCAAGCUACACAACCACAGCUGCUCCUUACUACACCACAACUGAAGCUGCCAAGUAUUACGUAGCCCCAAGUUACUAUACUGAUGCUGCUCCGUCUUAUUAUGCUGAACCAACUUACUACACCGAAGCUCCUGUCUAUUACACUACAACUUACGCCACUCCAAGCUACUACACCACCAAGGCAGCAGAGUACUACACCGAAAAGGCCGAAUACUACACAACAACGUACGCUGCUCCAUCUUACUACACUGAGGCUCCCAAGUAUUAUUCCGCUCCGAGUUAUUACACCGAGGCUCCAGUUUACUACACAACCAAGGCCCCCGAGUAUUACACUACAGCAUCGUACUACACCACGACAUAUGCUGCUCCAACCUACUACACUGAAGCUCCCAAGUACUACUCAGCCCCUAGCUACUACCAGACUGAUGCUCCUCAAUACUACACCACUAAGGCAUUGGAGUAUUACACCACAACCUACGCUGCCCCGUCCUACUACACCGAGGCUCCAGCUUAUUACACCACCAAAGCUCAAGAAUAUUACACUACCACUUAUGCUGCUCCAACUUACUACACCGAGGCUCCUAAAUAUUACGCAGCUCCGAGUUACUACACCGAACCCCCAAAGUACUACACCACUAAAGCACCCGAAUACUACACCACAACCUACGCUGCCCCAGCUUACUACACCGAAGUUCCAAAAUAUUAUUAGCGAGAAUUAAUUCAACAUUAACUUUGUCUUGAAAUUUUAUUCUAUUUGUGGGUGGUGAAUUAUAGUUUUCAGUGUUGAUUCAUUUACUAGUCAUUGUAAGUGGUUAUCUAUUCAUGAGAUCAAUAAAUAAUUAUUUAGUUAACUAA